AUGGGAGGGGAAACGUUUUUUUCACAAAGUGCGAAUUUUGAUUUAUGUGAUGAGGAGCUAUGUGUUGCGAAUGCUUGCGAUGGGGGGGAUGCCAAUCAGGGCGGUUUUAUGGACAUAGCAUCUCUGAGACAUACCCUCAGAAACAACGACAAGAAAUACUUUCAUGGGAAUAUAGACCAAGGCAUUCUUAGCCAGGUUGUUAAUCUCUACGAUGGUGACUCGGACAGGAAUGUAGAGGCAUGUUCCCCACACGGUGCAGGUGUAACUGAACAAAAUAAGCAGAACGAUGCGGAGGACAAACGUGGAAACGGUAGCAACACCGAGAGAAAGAUCCAUCAUAAGAGAGGCCUGCUUCUCAUUAACAUAUUUCUCAACCCAGACAAUGAUACUUCUCCUAUAGCCUCCAAAGGCGAUGACCUGAACAAGAUCUUACCUUUGGUUAAGCAACUGCUAAUGAGGAGAAAUACUGCCGAAGGAUCAGCACUGAUUAGCUACGGAAACGAUAUAAGAGGAAGAUAUUAUCACAUAAGUAACAAUGAGAAUCUACUGGAUGUUUUAAAAAACGAGGACAUCAGGAAAAGCUAUGAAAUUUCUUUCGAGUAUGUAAGUGCUGGAGAGGAGACUGAAAAAUCUCGUAUCUGUAGUGAACUGAAUCGGAAUGGAGAAAUGGUGGACGGACGAGGAAAUUCCAGACUUUUGACGCAUGAAAGAUGCGAUUCCUUCACGAUUGUGGAAGGGGAUGAUUUCAAUUGUGGACGUGGUGGAGAGAACAGUUACCUUAUCCUGAGACAGUCGAAGCCGGCCCUGUUGGGGCUAAUCGGGGAGAAGCAGCACCGGGAUGGUUCAACCCAGCAGGUGAAGAAUCGCCAAACGAUCGACUCCGAAGAGGAAAGCAGAAAAUAUGACGACGAAUCGGAGAACGCAUGGCACUUCUUGAAGAGCCCUGCAGACAGGGAAGAAACAUAUGGAGGGAUAAUCCGAAAUGGAAAUGGCCACUCCGGUUACGCCUUUGAUGUGGAUGUACAGCAAGAAAUGGAUACACCGCACGACGCGAAUUUUCUGUUUAAGGGCAAACAUCGGGGGAAUGACGGAAAGGCUUUUAGCUAUUUUCAAAUGGGGGAGCCAGAGAGGGGAGAACAAACGCAGAGGGGAGGUGAUGGACAGGGAAAAACAGAACGAGGGGAGGAAGUGGAAGAAUUGGAAGAAGUGAAUCGUGCAGACAAAACGAAGCAAACCGAGGGGAUUGUCCAAAUGGACGGAAGCAACGAAUCAAACGAGCUGGAAAAAAUAUGGCAGGCCAACAAAGCGGGAAAAAUGUACCAAACGUAUCAUAUGGACUCAGUGUGUCAAGAGCAACAAGAUAGGAAAAGAAUAAUGCCACAAAACCAAACCAGCUGUGUCGAAAAGGCAAAUGAAAAUGUACCUAAUCGGUUAAAAAUGAAUGAAGGGUUCAUGCACAUGGAAGGUACACUUUACCAAAAGGAAAACACAUCGGACAAACCCAAUAGAAGGAGAAAUGAUGUGGAAAUUUUCCGCGAAGGGAAAGACACCGACGCAAGAAUAAAGACCUCUAGUGAGGUGCCGUGCGCCAAGGAAUUAAGAACCACUGCGAGGAAAACUGGUAGGAAAAAGGGAACUCAGCUACGAAGAGAACACAGAAAAGAUGCCCCCACAGAGAAGGGAGGAAUUACCAAAGGGUUAGAAAGAGCGGGAGACGACGGAAACUUGGGAAGUUCGGAAAAGGUGUGGAAUCAGGAACAUGUGGUUACUGAGGCAAGAGGACAAAAUGAGGAAAGGGGAAAAAAUGAGGAAAGCGUGGACAAGGCGAAAAUCGAAAAAAUGGAGGAGACGAUCCCAAAUGUGGAAAACGAGAAGGUUAGGCAAAAACCGAUCAACGGAGAUUGCACAGCCUGCGCCAUUUUUUACAAAAUAAAAAAGGGGUGCAUAUAUACAGAUGCUUCCAAUUUGAGCCACAGUGAAGAGCAGCAGAACGCCCCCCGAAGAGCGAGCAAAAAAGGCAAGAGAAAAACGACCAGAGUGGAUCGCCCAAGCAUCGUGGACAAAUGCAACAGAGAAGGCCCUUCCGUUGGAUCCGCUUCCAAUUGGAUAAACAUGUGUAGUGAUGGUUCUUCUAAUUGUACAAGUAGGAACAUUAUUAAUAGGGCCCUCACGAACCGCUUGAAGUGGGACGACAACGAAGAGCUGAUCUCGUACAUUCUGGAUACGAUUAAAAGGGAGGAAAGUGCGAACAACUUGAAGAUCAGAAAAGAUGGCGAUGACGAGAAUGGAAGUGGGGCCAACGCGCAAAUGAAAAGUGGGAAUGAUGGGAAAGCCCGACAGGGAUGCAGCAACAACAGAGGUGACGCAAGCAGAAGUGAAAGUGUAACCAAAAAGGAAAAACAAGAAACACACAAGGAAAAUACAUCAAACGUUUCAUUAGGCAAUGUCUGUACAACUAACGAAGAAGAAAUGUCAACGCACAAUGGUUAUGCUCUUUUUCCCCACCAAACAUAUGGGAACGGACCAAAGUAUUACUCUGUUGAAGUUCCAUUUUCUCACGAUGCAGAGGAAAAGCAUGGAAUGAAAAAGGGAGUAACUGGAAACACAUUUGAAGGGAAUCAUCCAGAAGGCAAUAUGAAUAACCAUGAGAUGUGUAACUGGUUAAGGGUGGUACAAAAAAUGGGGAAGGGGGUCCAUGGGGGUUGUUCCAAGCCGUACGGUAGAAUAAAUUUGCCACUAUAUGUCCAAGCAGAGGAGGAAAAACAACAGAGACGUGAUGAGCACUUUAUGGACACACACAGGACCACUACCAUCUCUAUGAAGAACAAAAUGAGAAACAUUUCCUGCCUGAAUACACACGAUGAAGGGGUCCAAACUGAGGGGGAUGCGUAUGUGAGGGGAAAUUCCGACCUCUUCAAAAAAGGGGGUCUCCAUUACAUCGGCGUAGAAAAGAGUGCAUAUGGCCAACUAGGCAAAUUCUUCCUGGAAAGGAAAAAGGAAACGGAGGUAGAUCCCAAUAUAACGCGUGUAGAGAAUAUACACACCGAUAGAUGCACCUUCCAUGUAAAUGAACAUUUCAACCAGGGAAUGUUCCCUCACUUGAAUUCAACAAACGAUCCUAAAAUUAGAAACGAAGAUGGAAGGGGGUUAAAUAUGUACGAGAAAAUUAUGGGGAACAGUUCCCAUAAGGGCAUUAACAGAGUUACCAGUAAUGAUGGAGUGAUGGAAGUCAUUCCUAGUGUAGGGAAUGUACAAACUGAGACGAAAGCAGAGAUGAAAUUUCUUCACAGUAGAGGAAAAGGGAGAAAUUUGCUUCCCAACCUUCAACAGAAUAGCAACUACCUACAUUUUAAUGCAUGGAGGAAUAGGAUGGUCUAUUUUAAGGACCUCUGCGAUAACCCUAGCUGUCACUACAAUUUGGGUGACCUACACGACAGGAAGGAAAACGUGGUCAGUAACAUCUAUGCGAAUUACACGAAGGGGAUUUACCCCAGUGCACAAACGUUUGGAAAUCUCAACAAGAUUCAUAUGUCCGCAGCAGUGGGAGAGUUACUCAAAAGGGAAAGCUACACAUAUGACGAGAUUUUCAAUGCGGGUAACAGAACAAACUAUGGCGUUAUGCACACGCCUAAUGUGAACGCAAAGCAGCUUGACACGGUCGGUGCAGACCAACAGAACAAUAUCCGUUGUUGUAACUCCCGCUUUAACACAAAAGGUACACUCAGAGGUGGGAUGCACGAAUGUAGAAGGGAUUUACAUCGAGGCGGUUCGCAGCAGAGGGGCAUAUAUCAGCGCAGCGCGCAUUACCGCAAGGGUAACCAUUCCAAUGACCACACAAUGCACUACCACCCGGCAAUUGACCCUGCUGCAAGGACAAACGAAAAUUAUGACAACUUAGUUACGAAUCCAUUUCUGCAGAGUGGCGACUCGCCAAAAAUGUGUUUCCGAAGAAAGAGAAAGGAAUUUAACUUUAGAAAAAAGAGUAGCCUACAUAGGAUCGCAGAGUUUAAGCACCCCGCCAAGGAUCCGCACUAUCGCAUGCUAAAGAGAAGCAUGGAUAAUUAUAAAAAUGGCAGUUUGAUUACGGGGAGUAAAAAUGGAUACUUUCAAGUGCGCCGCUUCCAUGGUAGCGAUGGCGUUGCCGAGCAGCACAUCGGUGAAAAAUACAACAACCCAAUGGUGCUUCUCAGUUUCGUUAAAAGCUGCAAAGUGUGCGAGCGCCACCACGUCAGAAGUGCAAUACGUGGAAAAUGCAGCGAGGAUAUAGGGAGCAACCUUAUCGGUAAUUUUAGAAGAGGUGCGCAAGGGGAUUUCCACAGAAAAACGCAUACCGGGAUGUGUAACAGUUACCACGAAGGUAAUGUAACGAACGUGGACCGUCCAUACCAGGCACAUAAAAAAUCGAUGCUCAGUGGCAGACACAGCUGCAGCCCAGUACAUACUAUAGAGAAGAGCAUCGAAGUGGAUCCAGCAAACGUCAAGGAGCCAUUAGAGAUCCCAUCCCAUGUGUUUGUCUGA